UUUUCUAACUUAUUAUUAUUUUUUUCUUUUAAAAUAUAUCUAGCCAGCCUGGAGCUUACCUUCUGUCCUUUGGCUUCGUUUGCUAUUUAAUUUUUGAAACUAUUUCUUCUUUUGAUCUGGUAGGUGGUCUUCCCAUACUGAAUGUGAUGUUCAAUAAAGAAGCAGACUCAUCUUUUUUUCUUUUUUUUAACAAAGGAAGGAGCAGACUCAUGCUUUUAGGUGGCGUUCGUGGUUAAAAUUUUUGACAAGAUGCGGGUUAGGCACUGACUGUAUGAAUGAAUAUUUGUCAGUUUCAUAAAAACUAGUGUAAUGGAAGAAGAAGAAAAGGCGCAAGAGGCAGAAAUAUCCCGUAAAGAGUCAAAGACUUAUAAAGUAGAUAAUGGUGUAGGUGAAAUAGUAGGUAGUUUCCAUCGUGAAAGUGCAAAUUCUAGCACUGGUAUUGGAGUUGAACAUGAAGAUGAAAAGGUACACUUGCAGGGGAAGGAAGUUGGUUCUGUAAGUACAGAUGUGGAUGAGGGCCAUUUUGAGCAGGUAUCUUUAAAAGAUCAGGAGAAGAAUAAUGAAUCUGUAGAUUCAAACCAAUCUUCGCAUUUAGAUAAUGAAGAAAACAUUUAUGUCGGAAAUAAAGAAGAUUCUCAAUAUUCAUCGGGGAUAUAUAUGAUGGAACGUGAUUCUUCUCCUGUUGCUGACAUGCAACAUGAUCUAUUUGUACAUAGCCCUGAGUCUGAGGGGCAUUUCAGUCAAACAAUGAAUCAGUUUGAGUAUCAAACUGGUCUUGAUUCAACUGGAUAUUCGCCUGUUGCUUCUCCACCAAAGCCAAAGCAAAAGAAUGCUAUGCCAACUGUUUCUCCAGAAUUACUUCAUUUAGUAGACUCUGCUAUUAUGGGAAAACCUGAAAGUCUGGAGAAACUAAAGAAUAUUGCUAGAGGCAUGGAAAACUUUGGAACUGGAGAAAUAAUGGAAAAUGUGGCUUUCUUAAUUGUAGAUUCACUUUUGGCAACAAUGGGUGGUGUUGAAAGUUUUGAAGAAGAUGAGGAUAAAAAUCCUCCAAGUGUGAUGCUGAAUUCCCGGGCUGCCAUUGUGGCAGCUGAGCUGAUUCCUUGGCUUCCUUGGGCAGGUGAUACUGACUAUAUCAUGUCACCUAGGACGCGAAUGGUCAGGGGACUUCUUGCCAUAUUGCGGGCAUGUACUAGAAAUAGAGCAAUGUGCUCAAUGGCUGGUCUGUUAGGAGUAUUGUUGAAAUCAGCAGAAAAAGUUUUCACAGAGGAUGUUGUUUCAAGUGGGCAAAUGAGGUGGGAUGGAACUCCUUUGUGUAAUUGUAUACAAUACUUAGCAGGGCAUUCUCUUGGCGUGAGUGAUCUUCACAGAUGGUUUCAAGUUGUUAGAAGAACACUUGACACAAUUUGGGCUUCGCGUUUAAUGCUUGCAUUGGAGAAAGCGAUAGGUGGAAAGGAGUCAAGAGGACCUGCUUGCAGUUUUGAGUUUGAUGGUGAAAGCUCUGGCUUGCUUGGUCCAGGUGAUGGCCGUUGGCCCUUUGUCAAUGGUUAUGGGUUUGCGACAUGGAUUUACAUUGAAUCAUUUGCUGACACAUUAAAUACAGCAACAGCUGCUGCCGCAAUUGCUGCAGCUGCUGCAGCUAAGUCGGGUAAAUCAUCAGCUAUGUCAGCUGCUGCUGCAGCUAGUGCACUUGCUGGUGAAGGUACAGCACACAUGCCACGGCUUUUUAGUUUCUUAUCUGCUGAUAAUCAGGGCAUAGAGGCUUAUUUUCAUGCUCAAUUUUUGGUUGUUGAAACUGGUAGUGGAAAGGGAAGGAAGUCUUCUUUGCAUUUUACCCAUGCUUUCAAACCGCAGUGCUGGUACUUCAUUGGUCUGGAACAUAUUAGCAAGCAUGGAAUUAUUGGGAAAGCAGAAAGUGAAGUUAGACUAUAUAUAGAUGGAUCUUUAUAUGAAAGUCGUCCUUUCGAGUUUCCUCGAAUUUCCAAACCCCUUUCAUUUUGCUGCAUAGGAACUAACCCUCCCCCAACGAUGGCUGGUUUACAACGCCGUCGUCGUCAAUGCCCUUUGUUUGCUGAAAUGGGUCCUGUCUACAUCUUCAAGGAACCAAUUGGCCCAGAGAGGAUGGCACGGUUGGCUUCAAGAGGAGGGGAUGUGUUGCCUUCUUUUGGUAAUGCAGCAGGGUUGCCAUGGCUGGCAACAAAUCCCUAUAUGCAGAGCAAGGUAGAGGAAAGUGUUCUUUUAGAUUCAGAAAUUGGUGGCUGCAUUCAUCUGCUUUAUCAUCCUUGUUUGCUCAGUGGCCGUUACUGUCCAGAUGCUUCACCUUCUGGUGCUGCAGGGUUGGCUCGACGUCCAGCUGGGGUUCUUGGGCAAGUCCAUGUUGCGACACGAACGCGACCUGUUGAUGCUCUGUGGGCUUUGGCCUAUGGAGGCCCCUUAUCUUUGCUUCCCUUGGCAGUGAGCAGUGUACAUGAGAUUACCUUGGAACCACUAAUAGGGAAUGUUUCUUUGUCUUUAGCAACCACAUCUCUUGCUGCCUCAAUAUUUCGAAUUAUAUCCUUGGCUGUACAGCAUCCUAGGAACAAUGAAGAGUUGUCUCGUGGCAGAGGGCCUGAGAUUCUUUCAAAAAUUUUGAAUUAUCUUCUCCAGACUCUAUCUUUGCUUGAUUAUGGAAAGCGAGAUGGUGUAGGAGAUGAGGAACUUGUUGCUGCUGUUGUUUCACUUUGUCAGUCUCAAAAAAUCAAUGACAUACUUAAAGUACAGCUCUUCAGUACAUUGCUCUUAGAUCUAAAAAUUUGGAGUUUGUGCAGUUAUGGAAUACAAAAGAAGCUUUUGUCAUCACUCGCAGACAUGGUUUUCACUGAGUCAGCAAUCAUGCGAGAUGCCAAUGCCAUUCAGAUGCUUCUUGAUGGGUGCAGAAAAUGUUAUUGGACUAUUCCUGAAAAGGACUCGGUGAACACUUUUUCCCUUACUGGGGCAACACGUCCAGUGGGUGAACUGAAUGCUUUAGUUGAUGAGCUCCUAGUGGUAAUUGAACUUCUAAUAGUGGCAGGGCCUCCUUCAGAGGUCUCUGAUGAUGUGCGGUGUUUACUAGGAUUCAUGCUUGACUGUCCACAACUCAAUCAGGUUGCUAGGGUGUUGCAUCUGUUCUACAGGUUAAUUGUACAGCCAAAUGCAGCUAGAGCUCGCACAUUUGCAGAAGCAUUCCUAGCAUGUGGUGGAGUGGAAACUCUUCUUGUUCUGCUUCAAAGGGAAGCUAAGACUGGAGACAGUGAUGUCUUGGAAUCAUUGUCAAAAAGUCCCAAACCUGAAAAAGCUACUGUUGAUGGUAAUAAUGAAAUUACCGAACAAAGUCAAGAUGAUGAAAGAUCUGCUGAGAAAAGUGAAGCCACCUUAGAAGAAAUAGACCAAGGUUCUCAGCUAGUUGAUAAUAGAAGUCAUCCUAAUUCAAGUUCCACUGUUCUGAAUAUUGAAAGGAUGAAAUCUACUUCUGAAAUGAAAUCUACUUCUGAAACUUCUAAUGGCAAUAAUUUGGGAGGAAUAAGUCUUUCCAUUAGUGCUGAUAAUGCAAGAAACAAUGUUUACAAUAUUGAUGAUAGUGAUGGCAUUGUUGUUGGGAUCAUAGCUCUCUUGGGUGCUUUAGUAGCUUCAGGGCAUCUGAAAUUUGACUCUCAUGCUGUUCCUGAUACAACAAGAAACCUUUUGGAUGUUGGACUGCAUGAUGGGGGUGGCACCAUGUUUGAUGACAAGGUUUCUCUUCUGCUUUUUGCCUUGCAGAAGGCUUUCCAAGCAGCACCCAACAGGCUAAUGACUGACAAUGUCUACACUACUUUAUUGGCUGCCUCGAUCAAUGCCUCUACAAUGGAGGAUGGGUUGAACUUCUAUGAUUCUGGCCACCGUUUUGAGCAUUCACAACUUUUAUUGGUACUUUUGCGUUCUCUUCCCCAUGCACCUAGGCCUUUGCAAUGCAGAGCACUACAGGAUCUUCUAUUUUUGGCUUGCAGUCAUCAAGAAAAUAGAAGUAGGUUGACAAACAUGGAGGAAUGGCCUGAAUGGAUCUUGGAAUUGCUAAUUUCAAACAAUGAGAUGGCCCCAACCAAGUCCUCAAGUUCAACAAGUGUUGGAGAACUAGAGGACCUUAUUCAUAACUUCCUUAUCAUCAUGUUAGAGCACUCAAUGCGGCAAAAGGAUGGAUGGAAGGAUAUUGAAAUGACAAUUCAUUGUGCAGAAUGGCUUUGUAUUGUGGGUGGAUCUAGUACAGGAGAACUUCGAAAAAGACGUGAGGAAUCAUUGCCUAUAUUUAAGAGGAGGCUCUUAGGUGGCUUGUUGGACUUCGCUGCCAGGGAAUUGCAGCUUCAGACUCAAAUUAUUGCUGCGGCAGCUGCUGGUGUUGCUGCUGAGGGGUUGUCCCCAGAAGAUGCUAAGGCAGAGGCUGAUAAUGCAGCUCAGCUUUCUGUGGCUUUAGUAGAGAAUGCUAUUGUGAUACUUAUGCUUGUUGAGGAUCACUUGCGGUUACAAUGCAAACAAUUCUCUUCUGGACAUGUUGCAGAUACUUCUCCAUCACCCCUUUCUGGAUUGUAUCCACUCAAUAACAGCUCAACCACACUGUCUACAAUUGGAGAAUCAACAGAAGCUGUGGCAGAUCGAAGUUCUGUACCUAGUGAUUCUGGGGGCCUCCCUCUAGAGAUGCUUUCUUCAAUGGCUGAUGCAAAUGGUCAGAUCUCUAGUUCAGUGAUGGAAAGGCUUACUGCAGCUGCUGCUGCUGAACCAUAUGGAUCUGUUUCUUGUGCUUUUGCAUCAUACGGGUCAUGUGCUAAGGAUAUAGCUGAUGGCUGGAAAUAUAGGAGCCGUUUGUGGUAUGGUGUUGGCAUUCCAUCAAAGACAGCUCAAUUUGGUGGUGGUGGGAGUGGAUGGGAUUCUUGGAACUCUGCUCUGGAGAAAGAUGCUGAUGGCAACUGGCUUGAACUUCCUUUGGUAAGGAAAUCUGUGGCAAUGCUUCAAGCAUUAUUGUUGGAUGAGUCUGGGCUUGGGGGUGGUCUUGGUAUAGGAGGAGGAUCAGGUACUGGAAUGGGAGGGAUGGCUGCAUUGUACCAGUUAUUAGACAGUGACCAACCAUUCCUGUGCAUGCUUAGGAUGGUUCUUCUAUCGAUGAGGGAAGACGAUGAUGGAGAGGAACAUAUUUUGAUGAGGAAUGCAACUGAGGAUGGGAUACCUGAGGGAAGGAAGCCCCGCUCUGCACUUUUGUGGAGUGUCCUCUCACCUGUUCUCAACAUGCCAAUUUCUGACUCUAAGAGACAAAGAGUGUUGGUAGCAUCUUCUGUGCUUUAUUCUGAGGUAUAUCAUGCUGUGGGCAAAGACCACAAACCUCUUCGCAAGAAGUAUCUUGAGGCUAUUGUUCCCCCAUUUGUUGCUGUUUUAAGAAGGUGGCGGCCUGUUUUGGCUGGAAUUCAUGAACUUGCUACUGCUGAUGGUUUAAAUCCUCUAACUGUUGAUGAUCGUGCAUUGGCUGCUGAUGCCCUGCCCAUUGAGGCUGCUCUUGCUAUGAUAUCUCCAGCUUGGGCUGCUGCAUUUGCAUCUCCACCUGCUGCAAUGGCAUUGGCAAUGAUUGGAGCUGGGGCUUCAGGUGGUGAAGCCCCAGCUCGUGCAACAACUGCCCAUCUUAGGCGUGAUACCUCACUUCUGGAGCGCAAACAAGUUAGGCUCCACACAUUUUCAAGUUUUCAAAAGCCUCUGGAACUCCCUGGGAAAGCACCACCACUUCCCAAAGACAAAGCUGCUGCAAGAGCUGCUGCUUUAGCAGCUGCUCGUGAUUUUGAACGAUUUGCAAAGGUUGGUUCUGGACGAGGUCUUAGUGCUGUUGCAAUGGCUACAUCUGCACAACGAAGAACUGCUGGUGAUGCAGAGCGUGUUAAGAGGUGGAGUAUCUCUGAAGCUAUGGGAGUUGCUUGGAUGGAAUGUUUGCAGCCAGUUGAUACGAAGUCAGUAUAUGGGAAAGAUUUUAAUGCUCUUUCCUAUAAAUUUAUUGCUGUUCUUGUUGCCAGUUUUGCACUAGCAAGGAAUAUGCAACGGUCUGAGAUUGACAGACGUGCUCAAGUGGAUGUAAUUACCAGGCAUCGAAUCCAUACUGGAAUUCGUGCAUGGCGAAAACUCAUUCACCAGUUAAUGGAGAUGGGAAGUCUUUUUGGGCCUAUAGCCGAUCAACUAAACAACCCACCUCGUGUUUUUUGGAAGCUAGAUUUUAUGGAAAGUUCUUCAAGGAUGAGACGAUGUUUGAGGAGGAAUUACGAAGGGAAUGAUCAUUUAGGUGCUGCUGCUAAUUAUGAUGAUUAUUUGGAGGAGAAAAAGGAUCAGAAUACUCCAAUUUUGUCAGCGGAAGCAAUCUCAAUGGAAGAAGUCAAUGAAGAUGAAGAGCAUGCAGAAAUUAUGAAUGGGGAUGGUAUGGUCAAUGGUGCUGAGCCGAAGGGGGAGAAUGAUCCUAGACUUUCUGAAUCAGCUGAACAAGCCCUACAUGCAUCUGUUGAAUCUACUGGUACUCAAAUUGCAAGUGAUGAAAAUUUUGUCCAAAAUUCGUCUGCCGUUGCCCCUGGGUUUGUUUUUAGUGAACUUGAUGAAAGAAUUGUUCUUGAGCUGCCAUCAUCAAUGGUCCGGCCACUUAAGGUUGUUCAGGGAACCUUCCAAGUAACCACUAGAAGGAUAAAUUUUAUAGUUGAUAACAGUGAGAGCAGCACACCAAAGGAAGGGUUAGACCCCAGUUUUGAGGAAGGGGACCAAGAAAAGGACCGCAGCUGGUUAAUGUCAUCUCUUCAUCAAAUUUAUAGCCGGAGAUAUCUCCUUAGAAGAAGUGCUUUGGAGCUCUUUAUGGUUGAUCGAUCAAACUUUUUCUUUGACUUUGGGAGUAUUGAGGGCCGAAGAAAUGCAUAUCGAGCAAUUGUCCAAGCACGUCCUCCACAUUUAAACAACAUAUAUUUGGCAACGCAGAGACCUGAACAACUUUUAAAAAGAACUCAACUUAUGGAGCGCUGGGCUAGGUGGGAGAUCAGCAAUUUUGAAUAUUUAAUGCAGCUCAAUACAUUGGCUGGGCGUAGUUAUAAUGAUAUCACUCAGUAUCCAGUUUUCCCCUGGGUUCUUUCUGAUUACAGUUCAAAGAGCUUGGAUCUUUCUAAUCCUUCUUGUUACCGAGAUCUGUCAAAGCCUGUUGGUGCACUGAACUCUGAUCGACUUAAAAAAUUUCAAGAGAGAUACGCUAACUUUGAUGAUCCAAUCAUUCCCAAAUUCCAUUAUGGAUCACACUAUUCGAGUGCAGGAACGGUCUUGUAUUAUCUUGUUCGAGUUGAACUUACCACCCUUGCUAUCCAACUGCAAGGAGGAAAAUUUGAUCAUGCUGAUAGGAUGUUUUCUGACAUUGGUGCUACCUGGAAUGGAGUUCUUGAGGACAUGAGUGAUGUCAAAGAAUUGGUUCCUGAGCUAUUUUAUCUCCCUGAGGCUCUCACAAAUGGAAAUUUAAUUGAUUUUGGCACUACACAAUUGGGAGAAAAGCUUGAUGCUGUUAAACUUCCUGCCUGGGCUGAGAAUCCUAUUGAUUUCAUUCAUAAGCAUCAGAUGGCUCUCGAGAGUGAGUAUGCAUCUGCUCAUUUGCAUGAGUGGAUUGACCUUAUCUUCGGGUACAAGCAACGAGGAAAAGAAGCUAUUGCAGCAAAUAAUGUUUUCUUUUAUAUUACUUAUGAAGGAGCAGUGGAUAUUGAUAAAAUUUCUGACCCAGUACAACAGCGUGCCACACAAGAUCAGAUUGCAUAUUUUGGACAGACACCGUCUCAACUUCUGACUGUUCCUCACCUGAAGAAGAUGCCAUUAUCAGAAGUUCUGCAUUUGCAGACAAUAUUCCGCAAUCCAAAAGAUCUUGAAGUCAAACCUUAUGCUGUUCCCACCCCUGACCGCUGCAAUGUACCUGCUGCUGCCAUUCAAGCAUCUUCAGACAUGGUCGUGGUUGUUGAUAUGAAUGCACCAGCAGCUUGUGUUGCACAACACAAGUGGCAGCCGAAUACACCUGAUGGUCAGGGUACUCUCCUCUUCCAACAUGGAAAAGCUACAGGCUCUGGGGGGACACUUAUGCGCAUGUUCAAAGGCCCUGCAGGAUCUGAUGAAGACUGGCAUUUCCCCCAAGCACAAGCAUUUGCUGUCUCUGGAAUUAGAAGCACUGCCAUUGUCUCUAUUACUUGUGACAGAGAAAUUAUUACUGGUGGACAUGCUGAUAAUAGCAUUAAGCUGAUAUCCUCGGAUGGAGCUAAAACCUUGGAAACAGCCUGUGCGCACAGUGCUCCUGUAACAUGCCUUGGCCUUUCACUGGAUAGCAAGUACCUGGUGACAGGAUCCCGGGAUACCACUGUAAUACUAUGGAGAAUACAUCGGGCACUUUUGUCUCGCUCAAGUGUGUCUGAACCUUCAUCUGGGACAGGUACUCAGCCUUCGACAAGCAGUAAUUCUUCAUCAAACUUGUUGACAGAAAAGAAUCGGAGGUGUCGUAUUGAAGGUCCCAUAUAUAUACCGGGGCACCAUAGUGAAAUCCUCAGUUGUUGUGUCAGUUCAGAUAUAGGAAUUGUUGUUUCAUGUUCCCUUUCUUCGGAUGUUCUGUUGCACUCUGUCAGAAGAGGACGUCUAAUUAGAAGAUUAGUUGGUGUGAAGGCUCAUAUUGUCCGCCUUUCCUCUGAUGGUGUUGUUGUGACUUGGAACGAAUCAGAGCAUACUCUCAGCACCUUCACUCUUAAUGGUGUUUUAAUUGCUGAAACACAAUUAUCUUUCUCUAGCAGGAUUAGUUGCAUUGAAAUUCCUGUUGAUGGGAAGAGUGCCUUAAUUGGAAUUAAUCCUCUAGAAAAUGCUGGGGUCUAUAAUAAUAGUUGGAAUUUGAGCGAUGAUGAUAUUGAUUCAGAAUCAGGAAAAGCUCAAGAAAGCAAUGGAAUAAAUGCUUCGUUGCCAUCUAUUUGCUUCCUGGAUUUGCACACUCUGAAGGUAUUUCAUAUAUUAAAGCUGGGAAGACAGGAUAUCACAGCUCUAGCUUUAAACAAGGAUAACACAAAUCUUUUGGUCUCAACUUUGGAUAAACAGUUGAUAAUCUUCACUGAUCCAGCUUUAAGCUUGAAAGUAGUUGAUCAAAUGCUGAAGCUGGGUUGGGAAGGUGAUGGACUUACACCCCUCAUAAAGUCAUAGAUUUUAGGGCAUACAGAAGUAAAUUACAGAUAUUUUAUAGAUAACAAUUGUUAGGAAUCGUGGUUUAAGGUUUUUGAGCUCUUGUUUGUAAGCAUUUUUGGUUCCAUCCCAGUGGUUCAGGGAUGUCUUGUAAUAUAUGUACUAUCAGAGACAAGCGUUAGCCUUUAGUGAUAGGUAAAUUAGUUGCAAGUAUAGUUCUCUCAUUGCUCUCCCACAUGUG